GCCUCCGCCUCCGCUUCCACACCCACACCCACACCUGUCCUGUGGGUUUGACAGGCAAAGGUUCAGUCCUUGCUAUGCAUAGAACUUCAUAUUCACAUCUUCCUCGCUAACUAACCACUCUACAUAUAUCCCAUGUGGUCAGAUACAGUCAUCCAGAAUACAACCUGGCUAAUAAUUUAAGGGUUGUCUUCCCUAACUCGCCUAUUACGCCCGUUGCGCGUAUCACGGCUAGCUACUAACAGGGCUUGCGUCUAUGCGCGGUUUUUAACAAGUCACCACACAGAUGCAUUUUGGCGUUGGAUAGGGAUUCAAUUAUUUUAUUGUGACUUGCUUGCUUCUUUCUUCGACUGCCUUCUUCAGUCUUAAGUGGAUUGAUUGGUUCAGAUCAAGAGCAAGAGCAAGAGCAUACCAAGAGCACUAAACCACGACUUCAAAGCAGAACUACCAAUACAUCAAGUAUGAUGGUCACUUAUUCAGACAUUCGGCUGAACAAUAGCAGUCUGUCGAUUGCAGGAGGCGGAACUAAUGGCAACGGUAACGGCAACGGGAAGAACAAUGGCCCAGUGAUCGUCUUCGUUGGCGGAACAAGCGGGAUAGGAAGGUCGACCUUCGAAGCCGUACUUCGACAUAUAGCGUCCCCGACAAUCUACUUAGUCGGGCGGUCCGAGGCCGGGUUGGAGCAACAGAUUCAACAAGGACAAGCGCUCAAUCCAAAGGCCAAAAUCGUGCCUGUACUGACUGGAGACCUCACCCUGGUGAAGUCGGCGCAGACGACAGCCCAGAAGAUCGCAUCGUUGGCCGGUUCACGAGUCGACCUCCUUUUCUUGUCGCAGGGCUAUUUCAGUUUCGCGACUCGGCCAAAUUGGACGGUCGAAGGCCUCGACAAGAUCACCGCUAUCCGGUACCAUUCCCGGAUGCGCUUCGUCAUUACCUUGUUGCCGCUGCUUCGCGCCUCCCCGUCCCCUAGAGUCAUUUCGAUUCUCGCUUCCGGCAAAGAAGGCACUCUCGACCUCGAUGACCUGUCUUUUAAGCGGUCUUAUGGUCCCGUCUUUGCAGCUGGUGCGAGUGCAACGCUCAAUACCUUGGCCUUUGAAGCUUUGGCCGCCCAGCCCGACAAUGUCAAGAUCGUCUUUAUCCAUCUCUACCCUGGAGGCGUCGCCACUGGGAUGAAGGCUCUCGAAGGUCCCGCCAUGUUGAGAUUCCUCUACAACCAUACAUCUCGGUCGUUUCUCAAAGUAUUUGGCCGCUCACUCGAAGAAGUUGGUGAGAGGGUCUUGUUUGCUGCCACCAACGGUCGAUUUCGAAGGCUGGCCGAUGGGGUCAGCGGUGAGGGAACCAUGGUCCAGCGUGGCAGUAAUGGAAACAUCGGAAGUGGUGUCUAUCUUGUGCAGGAUGAUUCCAGUGUUGUUAUCGGAAACGAACAUGUGGAAAAAUUGAGAGACCAAGGUGGCCCCAAGAAGGUAUUGGAACACACCCUGGCCGAGUUCGAGAGAAUCGAAUCAUCAAAGGCUGCCUCGUGACCAUAACUGAGGCCAGUGGCAGACGGCAAAUUAACAUCUCAUCACCACUUGCCCUCAACGCUCAAAAGAAGUUUACGGCGAGCACAUCUCCACCACGGUCGCCUCUCGGUCUUGGAACAUGAUUCCAGAAUCUUGUUGAAGCCCCAACUCGAUCAUCCGAUGACGACGUGAAACCGAUUCUGGAAGAUGAUUUGGAAUUCGGGGCGGAAAGAACUGUUUUUCUCUUGAGUCUCGGAUAUAUCUGAGGACUUGAUGUCAAUAUGCGUCUCACCGUCGAUGUAUCAUCCGAAUCAAAACUCUUCCCUGGUUGACGGUUCCACCAGCCACUGCAGGUUGUGCCAAUGUUGUAAUCACUCUCCACAUCAGAGCAAUCAUCCAGAUCGAGUCCCGAAAGCGAGGUCAUGGCAGUGCCACUUGGAGAGGCGAUGGUAUCUGGAGUCUUCGCAAAGGCUUCUCCCUUUUCUCUGAUACCCAAAAGCUCAGCCCAGCCCACCAACCCGCCAUUGUGGUCUCUUCCUGAAACAUCAGGUUUGAGAUAGAGGCGUGGACGCUGGAACUUGCAGAUCGGUGUGAGAUCUUCUGUGUGCUCACCCCGGAUCGAGCCAACAUCAUUGUGGUUUCUAUCAUGCGCUCGUUGUGGUCGGAGUGGACUUCGAGGCGGCGGCGAUGGAGGCUUCUCAGGGUUGGGGAGGGGUAAAGCAUCUUGCCAUAGUGUUGUAGUUGAGUUUAAAAGCCUGGUGCUGGCUACUGACGGAAGUCGUUCCUGCAGUUUUGUGGUCAAAGCAAUCCUUUGGGCACGUACUCUCGCCACCUGCAGAGAUCUCGAAUAUGGACUUUUGUGGAAGUGGUCCAGGCCAUCUUGAUCCCGUGAGCGGGCGUCGAGGGACACCGCUGUUGGAAGACAAAUCGAUUGGAGGAGUCCAUAUGGUCUGAUGUCGCUAGGAACUCGUAAAUGGGCAAGAGAUGGGAAUCCUUGGUGCUGAAUCGACAAUGCCAGAUGAUCGUUAGCCUCCAGAAAAGAGUGAUGGUUCUGGAAGCUGCUCCGUGCAGAGUUAUCCGCACCCUUUUGGCGGGAGACAUCCCAAUGCAAGAAUUUGAGAGAUCUAGAGAAAAGAAUUGGUUGGACAAUGAUUUGUUGGUCGUGUGAAUUGAGACAUAAAAGUGUAUCAGGCUGCACUAUCGUCAGUUUUGUGAGGCAUUCUAAACUGGCCAAAAGUUUGGACAAGCUGAGUAGAUUUUCAAUCUGUUGAUACAUCAGACUUAGCCGUUCCAAAUGGAAGGCUCGAGGACUCGCAGCCCACCGAGUGAGACCCGCCUCUGUGACACCAGUG